AUGGACGGAGAGACAGCUUGGACCUCGGCCAUGUGGAGGAAGAAGGUCGGUGUUGCCUUCGGUACAACUGGGAAGAUGAGGAUGUUGGCCAGUUGCUUUCAUCUCAUAGUCCUGGCUUCGGCGAGCGAGGGCGAAAGGCAGCCACUUUGCCACGAGAGCUUCCGCAGCUUGGAGAAAUGUUUGCAAAAUGACUACGGCCGGCUCCGCGCCGCCUGUAGCCGAAACUACGAGGGCCUCCAGGCCUGUCUGGCGAGGGACUGGAGGUACGUAGAUGAGGGCAGAGCCUUCCCUCGGCCAGAGAGGGCCUUCAAUCGCCUCCGGCAGUGCCGGCAUGGCGUGAUGCUCUUCAACCCCCUGGACUGGUAUAUCGGCCGUUCGCUGGAAGUCUAUGGAGAGUGGGGGCAGAAGAAGGUGGACUUCUUCUCCAAGCUCUUGCGCCCUGGUCAGGUGGUCGUGGAGGUCGGCGCCCAUGUGGGCGCCCUCACUUUGGCACUAUCUCGAUUGGUCGGGCCUGCAGGUCGCGUCAUUGCACUGGAGCCCUUCUACGCUUCGUUUGCAGCUCUUGCUGCUAACACCGCCUUGAACUCCUUGGAGAAUGUGGAGGUGAGGCAGGCCGUGGUGGCGGACCGGCCCGGGAAAGUCUUCAUGGAUCGGGGGGAACUCGCAUUUAAGCAGCAAGAGUUCUUUAACUUCGGAUCGAUGGACUUUCACGAGCUGGAAAUUCACGAUGCCGCGACGCAGACAGAUCGCCAGUCCACCGCCUGGGACGAGUACUCGGUUCUUGCGCUGGAGCAGCUGUCCCUUCCGCAACUGGACUUCGUGAAGAUAGAUGCUGAGGCCAUGGAGUCUGCAGUGAUCAAAGGCGCACUGCCGCUGCUGCGGAAGUUCCGGCCACUGCUCUUCAUUGAGUAUCGGAACCCCAAGCAGAAGAACUCCGAGUUGCUGCGUGCCCUCAAGAAGAGCAAGUACGACUGCGUGCUCCUGCGGCUGCCGAUCUUUAAUUCCCAGAACUACCGUGACCAUCAGGAGGAUAUCUGGGGAGAGAAGGGUUCCGUCGUCAACUUUGACCUCUUCUGCAAGCGCAAGGGUCAGGAGUCUUCUUUGGAUGCUCAGGUGCUGGAGCUGUUUAGAACCGCCGUCGCCACCGAUGUUCCAGGACUGCGCACUACGCCCAGAGAUGCCUUCGAGAUCAUGAGCCAGGCCGAAAAGCCAAAGGCCCCGGAGCGGCCCGAAGAACGCCCUGGAACCGAGCAGACUCCCACAGUGCAGCCGAGAGCACGGCUGUCGCGCAAAGAGGUCGAAGAGAUGAGUUUAGAUGAGCUGUUGGAUAGCAUGGAGGCCAGCGAGAGGGUCACGGUUCCCAAGGGUCAAAGAGCAUCAGCAACCAACUCAGAUACGGAGAUGAGCUUGAAGCUUCUGCUUGAGGAUCCCCCGGACCAGCCCACGACGAGCACUCCCCCGGAAGAGCUGACCUUGGAUGACUUGAAGUGGCCUGUUCUUGGCGCACUGCCAACAUUCCUGUCUUUCGAUGGCGUGAAGGGCCUUGAGAAGUACCACCAGCACAUGUAUGACACCUACGGCCCCAUCGUGAACACCACCAUGCCGGGAGACGACAACUCGGUCCUCAUCUUCGACCCACGCGAAGCUCGCAAAGUCUUCCUGCAUGAAGGCAAAUACCCGAAGGGUCCCACAAACGACUUGUGGGCCAUGCACUACUGGAAGAAGAAGCACAACCAGGAAGGUACUUUGAUGACAGAGUCCGGGGAAGUCUGGCAGAAAGGCCGACAUGAACUGCAGAAGGACCUGUUCAAUCAUGCUGCUGCUAGCAGCUACUGCGAUCUCAUGUCUGCUGCGAGUGAUCAAGUCAUCGAAGCAGUGGAGCGCAAAGUGGCCGAAGGCACCUGCGACUUCGAAACGAUGCUGAAGUCAUCCAUCGGUGACGUGUUCACCGCCGCCGUGCUCGGGCGCCCAUGCGGCUUCAGCUGGGACGGCUGCAGUCAAGAGGAGCUCGACUGGGCCCAGACGAGCGUGGAUGUGGUCAAGGGCUUCGCGCAUCUGAUCGCGCAGCCCUGGAUGCAGGUCUGGCCCGAGGCCUUCAAGACGUACAGGGAGUUCGAGGCCACCCAGAACAGAAGCUGCGAGCUGAGCCGGAAGAUGGUAAGAACGGCCUUAGAGCGAUACGAGAACUUCGAUGGCCCAGAGGAGCAGAUGCCUUGGGUCGUUCGCUUACACAAGCGGGGCGUCUUCGAUGUCGAAGGUGUCUGCCGCGAAGCUGGCGGCAUGAUCAUUGCUGGCUUGGACACCACUUACAAUGUGCUGAUGUGGGCGAUGAUCAACCUGGCGCAGAAUCCAGAGGCGCAGCAGAAGCUCCGCGAAGAGAUUUACGAGGUCUUGGGUCCAAGCGGCAACUUCACAAGGGAGAAGCUGUCUGCAAUGCCUUAUCUGAAAGCUGUGAUGAGAGAAUCUCAUCGACUGACUCCGGUUGUCGAGAGCAUCACCUUCCGCUACAUCGACAGCGACUUGGAUCUUUGCGGUUACAGCGUUCCUGCAGGCACCCGCAUUGACAUGGGCAGCGCCAUUAUACAACGGGACCCGCAGAUAGUCGACGAUCCCUGGGCCUUCCGGCCUGAACGCUUCAUGGCAGAGGCCGUGGCAGCGCGCAAGAGCGAUCCGUUGAAAUCCCUGCUGGACCAUAAGUUGAUCGAGAAGCCCUUCUCCUUCGGAGCCCGCAUGUGCCUUGGUGCACGGCUUGCGGAAUUGGAGAUGAUGAUCCUCAUGUCCCAGUUAAUUGCAAAGUUCCGAUUCGAAGCGGAGCCGGGAUAUAUCCCGCGAUGGCACGACACAUUCCUCGUGCCAGAGAAGAUGCCCGAGGUCCAGAUCACGCGCAUCUGA